GCCCGUUCGCUGGCGCAGAGGUCGCAGCAGGCCCUCGCCGCCAUCGACACGCAGCAGGUGUUGGCCGUCGAGCACAGAUACAGACUCGCCUCCGAGGCGUCGGAGGAGGUGCAGCGGCGCCAGACGGUGCGGCUGCGGCGCGUGGAGGAGGCUGUGGAGGAGAUGUUGCACCGGAUUGCGGCGCUCGAGGAGGGUCUCCACGCGGGCAGCGCCGCGCGGCCGGCGGCCGCGGGGCCGGAGCUGGAGGCGCGCGUGGAGGCGCUGGAGAGAAGGCAGGACGAGGCCGAGUGCGCCCUGGACGCGCUAGCGCAGGCCAGAGACGCCGGGGAGGGCGCGGCCCCGCAGGCGGCGGAGGCGGCCGAGCGCAGCAUCGCGAACUUGGAGCGUCGCACCUCCGCCAGCCAGCAGGAGUUUUCCGCGGCCCUCGCCAGCCUGAGAGUGAAAGUCGACGGCCAGCUCCGGCGCACCGACGCCCUCGCCGAGCGCCUGGAGUCGGCCCACGAGCCGGCGCUGGAGGCGCUGCGGGCCGAGGUGGCGCAGGGGACCAUGUUCAAGAACACCUACCAGUCUGGAUUCUUAUCCGUGCUGUACUCCAUCGGCAGCAAGCCUCUGCAGAUCUGGGACAAGAAGGUGCGCAACGGGCACAUCAAACGCCUCACCGAUGCCGAUAUUCAGUCCAGCGUGUUGGAGAUCAUGGGCACAAACGUAAGCACAACAUUCAUCACUUGCCCAGCCGACGCGGACAAGACCCUCGGGAUCAAGCUGCCCUUUUUGGUGAUGAUCAUCAAAAACUUGAAGAAGUACUUUACGUUCGAGGUGACUGUUCUUGACGACAAGGACGUUCGGCGACGCUUCCGCGCGUCGAACUACCAGAGCACCACUCGCGUGAAGCCGUUUAUCUGCACCAUGCCCAUGCGUUUGGACGAGGGCUGGAAUCAGAUCCAGUUCAACCUGUCCACCCCUCGGGGCUCGGCGGGUUUCACCCGCCGCGCCUACGGCACAAACUACAUCGAGACCCUACGCCUGCAGCUGCACGCGAACUGCCGCAUCCGCAGGAUCUACUUCUCCGACAGGCUGUACAGCGAGGAGGAGCUCCCGCCAGAGUUCAAGCUUUUCCUGCCGGUGGCCAAGAAAGGCGGCACGGAUGCCGGGGCCGCGGCGGGUGGGGCGACGGCGGCCGCGUGA